CUCAAGGCAACUACCCAGAUUACGGAACCGGCUUCAUCACAGAUAUUAGCUGGUUCGACUUUCCGCCUCACCAACCGACCACCUGCGCCAUUCCCAAAACGACAUUUCCAUCCUCCCCCAAAACGUCGCCUCCGAAGUUCUCUCAAGAACUACUUUGACCCCAUUUAUCAUUUUUUUUCUCAUUGUUUUCCACCAGACAAGCUGCUUGGUUUUGGGGCGCCCAAGUCCUGAGCUUUCGCGAUGCCUUCCGCCACCGGCCAAGAUUGGGAGAAGUACCAGAAGAAAUUUGCCGACGAUGAAAUAGAGGAGAAGAAGAUCACACCUUUGACCGAUGAGGAUAUCCAGGUACUCAAGACCUAUGGCGCCGCACCGUACGGCGCGGCCAUCAAGAAGUUAGAACAGCAAAUCAAGGAGAAACAAGCAAGCGUAGAUGAGAAGAUUGGAGUCAAGGAAUCCGAUACUGGCCUGGCGCCGCCGCACCUGUGGGACGUCGCAGCCGAUCGACAGCGAAUGGCCGAGGAACAGCCACUGCAAGUGGCACGCUGCACCAAGAUCAUCCCGGACGAGAAGGACGAUUCGAAGAGCAAAUAUGUCAUCAACGUCAAGCAGAUUGCGAAGUUUGUCGUACAACUCGGCGAGCGGGUGAGCCCUACCGACAUUGAGGAGGGUAUGCGCGUUGGUGUCGACCGGAACAAGUAUCAAAUCAUGCUCCCUCUACCACCCAAGAUCGAUGCCAGCGUCACCAUGAUGACCGUCGAGGAAAAGCCCGACGUGACGUAUGGUGACGUGGGUGGUUGCAAGGAGCAGGUUGAGAAGCUACGAGAAGUCGUCGAGAUGCCUCUGCUGUCACCAGAACGCUUCGUCAAUCUCGGUAUCGACCCUCCAAAGGGAGCGCUGCUGUACGGACCACCAGGCACAGGCAAGACGCUCUGUGCCCGCGCGGUGGCUAAUCGGACGGAUGCCACUUUUAUCCGAGUCAUCGGCAGCGAGCUCGUUCAGAAAUACGUCGGCGAAGGUGCAAGGAUGGUCCGGGAACUGUUCGAGAUGGCACGGACAAAGAAGGCCUGCAUUAUCUUCUUCGACGAAAUCGAUGCUGUUGGCGGAGCCCGUUUCGAUGACGGUGCCGGUGGCGACAACGAGGUGCAGAGAACGAUGUUGGAGUUGAUUACACAGCUCGAUGGCUUUGAUGCGCGAGGUAACAUUAAGGUUAUGUUCGCCACCAACAGACCGUCGACGUUGGACCCGGCGCUGAUGCGUCCGGGUCGUAUCGACCGCAAGAUCGAAUUCUCCCUACCGGAUCUCGAAGGACGUGCCAAUAUUCUGCGCAUCCACGCCAAGAGCAUGUCCGUCGAGCGGGACAUUCGGUGGGAGCUCAUCUCCCGUCUGUGCCCCAAUGCCACGGGCGCCGAACUGCGCUCUGUCUGCACCGAAGCCGGCAUGUUCGCCAUUCGGGCCAGGAGGAAGGUCGCCACUGAGAAGGACUUCCUCAGCGCAGUGGAUAAGGUGAUCAAGGCCAACCUCAAGUUCAACUCGACGGCAAGCUACAUGCAGUACAAUUAAGCCAACAUAGUAAACAUUCAGCAACUUCGGGUCUCAAACUGGGCCAUGGGGCGGAUUUGGGAUUGGGUUGUCUCGAUAGGGUGUAACAGUAGACUGCAUAGGAUUGGCAAGGUCCUGGAGAGGCAUAAUAAUCCCAGGUGAACUCUUAUCAUGCUUUCUAUGAUUCAAUAGAUAACUUUGCCUGCCUGGUUGAAAGUGAAUACAUUCCAGUGGACACGGUUCCAUGUGCUCUGUUACCUGCCCGUCCAGGAGUAUAGAAGAAGGAAAAGAAUUGAUCGUGAGGCGCCUCC